UCCUCAGUCAGCUAUCUAGCGGGCGGAUAGUUAAAUUUCCGCAUUUGAGCAACACUGAAGCACAACAACACUAUAGUAAGUGGACCAGUGUCCUCCUCUCGGAGCGCCUGCUCAGAUGGACUCGUCAACUUUCCUCUACGAUGUCCCUCCGGUUGUCGUCGAAAGAUUCUGUCAAAUAAUGGACAGUGGAGAUGACAGGUUCGGAUGGCGUGGACUAGCUAUCCGAGUUUUCCCCAGCUUGUUAGAAGUUCGCAUGUUGGAGCGUGUGGAGGCAGCAGGUCGGAGUCCCACGAGAGAGCUGCUGUGGUCCUGGGCUCAGGAGAACUCAAGAGUCCAGGACCUACUUAAGGUGCUGCAAGACAUGGGCCACCUUAGGGCCCUGCAACUCUUCCAGGUUAAAGCUGGAGAGUUGCCUGUGCCCCCAAGCAAUCAACAUGUAGAGUCCAAAGGGCAGAUGUCAACAACUGAAAUGAAGGGAUCCUUCCAACUAGGGGCGAGUUCUGAAAGUCAAGCAUUAUGUGCCAUGAACUCCGCUGGAGAAAAUCAGCCACCCGCAAUCACUUUCCAAGACAUCAUAGAAGGAACCAGAGAUUUUCAUCAUCACAUGAGAAUUGCAGAGGGGCACUUUUCUGAUGUCUACAGUGCACAGAUAGGAAAUAGAAAGAUUGCAGUAAAGCUUUUUAAACAGAUAAAUAAGGAGCCAUGGAAGAAGCUGUGGGGUAUCUUUAGAAAAGAAAUGGAAAUCCAUCAUUUGUACCAACAUCCAAACAUCUUAGACUUGUUGUGUUGUUUUUCUGAUGAAGACCGCUACUGUCUGGUGUAUCCUUACCUCCCCAAUGGAUCGCUCUUUCACAGACUACAUGAGGAUGGAGAGCCCCGUCUGUCCUGGCAAGAGCGUCUUGCCAUCAUUAAAGGAACUGCAAAGGCCUUGCAUCACCUCCAUACAGCCCAGCCUUGCCCAGUGAUCUGUGGCAACAUCUCCAGUGCUAACAUACUCUUGGAUGAUGCCCUGCAGCCCAAGCUUUCUGAUUUUGGGUUGGCUCGUCUCCGUCCUCAUGCAGCCAAUCAGCACUGUACUAUCACUCUGGAUACAAGGUUCCAUAGCAACCUGGGAUACCUCCCUGAGGAAUAUAUUAGAGAUGGCAAGCUGUCCUUCAGCCUGGAUGUUUACAGCUUUGGAAUGGUUAUCAUGGAAACAGUAACAGGACGGAAGGUCAUAGAGGACGUGCCUAAACAUACACCACUGAGAGAUCUGCUUGUAUCUGAGGUGGAGGACAGCGGUGGUGUGGACUCUUGUCUGCAUUUUUCGGAUGUUGCGGCAGGUCAGUGGCCAGUUGCUGUGGCCCUCGGCCUUCUACGUCUGGCCUUGGACUGCACUGCUAGCCGCCAUCGCAGCAGACCAAAAAUGGAGAAUGUACUUUUGGCAUUAAGCAAGCUGCUUCCUUCACCUAGCUACCCCCCUGCCAAUCAACCCCACAGCUUGGAUGAUGGAGAACCUAUUAAUGCACAGUUAAGCCCCUCAUCCUCCAUACCUGUAGAGCACGAUGAGCAGCACAGCCUUCCUGGUUCUUCAACACAGACAGGACCCCGUGAAUGCAGCCAGUCGGAGGUGACAUAUCUGAGUGACGUCAUGGGUGCUAGUGGUGAGGCAGCAGCAAACUUGUACAACAGCUGGCCUGUACAGUGCAGCUGCCCUGCUGAGACAGGGGAUCUUGCCUGUGAGGACUGCCGAGCCAACGGCUACACACUCAAUCACACUGACAGUUCCCAGACUGACUCCAUUGUAGUGGAAAACCCAGCCAAGGAGAGAUUGAGGAACAAACUGAGUCUUUAUGACAGAGGGGUGAUUAACACACAGGAACUGUUUUCUGAGACAGGACUGCAGUAGAGAGCUCACUUCCUGUUACAGUCUUGACAGCUGCCCUUUGUGUGGGCUGUCAUGUGUGUCCAGUAUUAAACUGUUUCAUAAAGCCAACUUAGAGCUGGUGAAGUGUAAAAAAGUCACCACAUCAUAUUAGUUCAUAUUAAAGAGGACUAGAAAAACAAAGGUUCUCUGCCUGCAACCACAAAGCAGAACAUAGUAAACAUAAUAUAUGUAAUAAUAGAGUAUUUUAAAGGUAAACAGAGCAGUCUUUUUUUUGGAUGAAUGUAAAGCUCACAAACUCUCCUGUUAGCUUGAAAAUGAACAUGUGGCGGACACAAUAGGGCAUUAAACAGUGUGUGAUACAGCCAAGUUCAGAAUAAUAAGCAUUGUCUUUAAAAACAAUGUCUAAUGCAAUGAUUUAUUAAAAUAACAGCAUUCUUAUUUAAAUACCUUCACAUUGGUUGUCUGUUGUACUUACAGGAAGAGCCUUUGGUUUCAGUUUAAUUCCUUUAAUUUAUUUUAUGAAAUGAAAAUAAAAAGGUGGAACUGCUACUCUCACUGUGAGGUUACAGGUUAGUUUGUCAGUAGUCUAUAUCCUUCUCAUUCCCCUUAUGGGAUUGCUCCGCUGCUGAGGAAAUUCCACUGGACGGAUGUUUUUUCCAUUACAUUCC